CUGCUUCAAUACUAACUGUCUUAGUUUUAUUUACGGCGCACGAAUUGCGUUCAUCUCUCCAAAUAUACUGAGUCUCCGAAAUAGUAUAACUUUUCCUAAGCCGCGCACCACUCCAGGGUGUCCCUAGGCCAGGGUGGCAACUUGAGCAAGUAAUAGUUGAGGUGGUCACGGAUCAGUUUGGGCUUGGUGCAGCGACACCGACCAGAAGUGGGAAGAUGUUGGGAGAAAUUCCAAGUGGCUUACUGAAGAUCGCUGCGAUAGCUUGUGUGUCGCUAGUGCUGGCGAAAAUUAUUCAUCUCAUCGUUUCCUGGUGGCUGCAUAUUCGCCUCCUCAAACGACUCGUUCCGCAGCCGUGCGAGAGUCAUUGGCUGCGUGGUCACCUACCUGCUGAUGAGGACGAUGCCAAGGCAACAUUCGUGGGGUAUGUACGCAAGCUACCGCGAAUGUUCUUCAACCUGAUUGGACCAGUCUAUGCCAAUGUGGUUGUGUGCCACCCUGAAACGAUUGCAGAAGUGUUCCAGACCAAUCCUCCAAAGCUGUGGCUGGUGGCUCAGAUAUUUCGUGCAUGGCUCGGAAACAGUAUUCUGAUCAGCGAGGGGAAGCGUUGGGAACGCGACCAUCGCUUGAUUUCGACUAGCUUCACACCGGCCAUGCGCCGUGAGUAUGUUGGCUCGUUCAAGGACGCAGCCUGUACUAUGCUAGAUUUGUGGGAAGAGCAGUGUGGAAGGAGUGUGAAUGUCACGGAGCGGCUUCAAAAAAUGACGCUCGACAUUAUUCUUAAAUGCGCAAUGGGAGCAGAGACGAACUGCCAGACAGAGAGCAACCCGAGCUCGACCAUCGUACGUUACCAAGACGCGCUGUCAGAACUCAUCAAGAUAACCUUUGAGAGAUUCGAGAAGCCUUGGUUGUAUCUCGACUUUGUCUUUCUUCGCACGCCAACAGGACACCGCUUCAAGGCGUGUGCCUCUGUAACACAACAAUUCAGCGAGCACUUAAUCAAUGAGCGACGACAGCUUCUCAACGAAGAAGCAGAGGCCAAUAGCACAGACAGUGCGCCUGAAAGAGAGUUGUUGUGUUCGACUCGCCGAAAGGACAUGUUGGAUGCUUUGCUGACUGCCAGAGACGAGGACAAUGUUGGCCUGACCAAUACGGAUAUCCGUGAGCAAGUGGAAACUCUUUUGGUAGCUGGCCACGACACUACCUCGGUGGCUAUGCAGUGGGUUGUACUGUUACUGAGUCAGCACCAGGAUAUCCAGGAUCGAUGCCGGCAGGAGGUGUGUGAUGUUCUUCAGGAGUGCGGUGGUCUGGACAAUUUCGCCUAUCAGCACCUCACCAAGCUCGUGUACGUCACCCAAACUAUCCAGGAGGUAAUGCGGGUCGCAACCAUCGCUGUCAACAUUCCACGCACGUGUCCUAAGCCGUGCACAGUGGAUGGCAUCACGUUUCCCGCAGGCACGACUUUUCACGUGAAUGCCCUCCUGGUGCAUCACAACCAGCAGGUCUGGUCGGAUCCGGACACAUUCAAUCCGGACCGCUUUGCCCCUGAAAACGAUUCUCGGCCCAGAUUUGCGUACUUACCAUUUGGCCACGGGCCCAGAUCUUGCAUCGGCAAGCACUUUGCCAUGGAUGAGAUGAAGGUGGUACUGAGCAUGAUCCUGGCCCGCUUUCGCCUACUGCCCGAUCCCAGUGCCGUGAAGCCGGUUUGGAAAGAGGUCAUGAUAGCCAGACCAUACCCGGCUGUUCACAUUCUCCUUGAUGCAGUGUGUUCUUGUGUAAAGGUGAAGAGUUCUGAGAUGGAUCCGUGGCGCUCGUUGCAGUUAGUAGCAGUAUGCUGCACUACGUUACUGCUCGCCAAAAUCACCAUGUUCAUGGUGGGCUGGUGGCGUCAUCGCCGCCAGCUCCAUUCACUCGUGCCCGAGGCUCGCAAGGCCCACUGGCUGCUUGGCCAUCUUGCUCCGGACGCCGCGACCGCCAAAGAUUUCUACGUCUCCUUUGUACGGAGUUUGCCUAGAAUGUAUCGCCGGCAGAUAGGACCCACACUGACUAAUAUCGCAUUGGCUCAUCCAGACACAAUUGGUGAGUUGCAGCGGAAAAGUCCGCCGGAUAGCGAGUUCUUUGCGACAAUAUUCCGAACUUGGCUCGGCAAUGGGCUCACCACUUGUCCCGUGGGUCCAAAAUGGGCUCGCGAUCGUCGCCUUCUCUCAGAGCUGUUUACACCCAGCAUGCGUCGCCACUAUGUGCAGAUGUACAAGGACGCAUCCACUACUCUGAUCGACCUAUGGGAAGCACAGCUGGGCGAGAGUGUCGACAUCUGCAAACACUUUCCGAUGAUGGCGUUCGACGUCAUAUUGCGGUCCGCCAUGGGAGCGGCGACCAACUGUCAGACGGAGACCGACGAAAAUUCGGCAAUUCUGCGCUACAGCAAUGGCCUGCAGGAAGUCAAAAAGCUUCUCAUGAGUCGCUUGAUGCAGCCUUGGUACUACUGGCAAUUCCUCUAUGAUCUGUCACCCACAGGACGUCGCUUCAAGAAAGUGCUGAACGAAACACAUCUGUACAGCGAGGAGCUCAUCCGAGAGCGCCGUGUGGAGCUGGAAGCGUGGGAAGGUAGCACGAAGCCACGCAGAGACAUGCUGGACAUGCUGAUUACGCUGCGCGAUGACGAAGGGGUGGGCAUGAACGAUGUGGAGAUACGCGAGCAGGUCGACACUUUCCUGUUUGCCGGGCACGACACAACAUCGGCCGCCCUGCAAUGGGCCAUCUACUAUCUGUGCGAGUAUCCGGAAGUGCAGGACAAAUGCCGUGAAGAGGUGCAGCGCAUUAUGGAGAAAUGCGGAGGCGUGGACGAGUUUGGCUUUGAACAACUCUCCGACCUGGUGUACAUCUCCCAGACAAUCAACGAAGUCCUGCGCGUGGGCAAUGUUGUGACUGGAGUCUUCCGCUGCCCUGAAGAGCCAGCUGUCGUUGACGGUGUAGCAUUUCCGAAGGAUACCAUCUUCAAUGUGAGUUUCAUGGCUCUGCAUUACAACGAGCAGGUCUGGAGCGACCCUGACAAAUUCGACCCAGAUCGGUUUUCGGCAGAGCACGGCACGCGCAGCCAGUACUCCUAUCUGCCAUUCGGCUGUGGUCCUCGCGUGUGCCUCGGCAAGCAGUUUGCACUGGACGAGAUGAAGGUGGUACUUGCCAUGGUGGUACAUAAGUUCCGCUUGCGACUUGACACCGAUGCCCCGAAGCCGUAUUGGAGCUUCGUUCUGUUCUCCAAGCCUGGUCCGGCCGUUAACGUCAUCAUGGAGGAAGUGUGAGAGGUGGUAGCUGAAUGAAGUUCUUUCGCUUGUUUCUUUGUAUUUUUUUAGUUAUAAAAUCCUGUAGGACGCGUCAAAGUGAUUGAGUGUGAGCCAGUGUUGCUCACAACUCACUUUUUUUUUAAAUAGUUUUGAUGUCACAAACGGAGUGGAUGUUUCGUGCUGUUGGGACAGGCUCCAAUGCUACCACUCAAUGUCUCCUGACGAUUGAUGGAUAUCACCAUGUGUUGUGAUGAUAGGGGUUGCUUUGAGCUGAACAGAAUCGUGUUGGCAUGUGAGACUACCGGUCCAUGUCUAGAAUACAUAGAGUUGAAGAGAGGAAUGGAGAAGAAGAGCUCAAUUGCAUCGAAUGUUGACUUUCUAGCUCUAGAGUAGCGUUUCCUGAAAGUGGUGCUGAAGAGUACGAGUGCUCCUUGAUUUUGGCUCUUAUUCGAUUAUAUUAUAAUUAUUUAUAAUAUAUUUUCAUCUUAGAGCUGUAACACAUAUCCAAAAUGGCUGAAGAUGUCUUCCAAUCUAAACGAA